UAAACAGCUGUAUAUGGCGGGAGAUUUGUUGACUGAAGUCGCUCACAACAAAAUAAUUUACAACAAUGCUUGCUGAAAAAGCUCUUGAACUUAUUCGUGAGCUUCAACGCUCCGUUGACGGUUCCCUGUCGCCAUAUAAUGAGGACAAAGCACGUCAAGUCCUGGAGGAAAUGAAGGCUUUAUUUGAUCAAAACCAAAAAGAUGUGAGUGCCACUGUGGCGGGGGAGAGUGGAUUAUUUUCAGGUGUCCAGCUUCGACACUCUGCCCUGGAAAGGAAUAAGCGGUGUCUUCUGGCAUACUUAUACAACAGGAUAGAGCAUAUAAAGAAGAUGCGAUGGGAGUUUGGUAGUGUCUUACCUGCAGACAUAAAAUUCAAUAUGUGCGAACAGGAAGUCCAGUGGUUUGGGAAGUACAAUAAGAUGCUGGCGAGUUAUAUGAGGUCAAUAGGCGGUGAAGGAGGUCUAGAUCUGACACAGGACCUCAAACCACCCAAGACAUUGUAUAUAGAGGUGCGAUGCCUAAUGGACCAUGGUGAGUUUGAAACACAAGAUGGGAACAUACUGGUGCUAAAGAAAAACAGUCAGCAUUUCCUUCUGAGAUCGGAAUGCGAACACUUGAUCCGCCAGGGAAUCUUGGAACAUAUCGUACAAGGAUGAGCAGCACUAAACUCCCAGACCAAGUCAUUUAGAUCUCCCCAUUCCAUCAUAUACACCAACUCUAUAGAGGUUUAAAAGAACUGUCCAGGUCUUCAGGAUCUGUUCCUGGUUUAUCAAGUACGGUCACCUAGUCAUUGAUUUCUGUGCCCGCUCGGUCAACAUCUGUUUAGGUCCACCAGGUCCUUCAGGAACUGUUCAGAUCGAUUGAGGUCUGUACCAACGGUAUGAAGAACUUCCGGGCGUCUACGGAGGUCUGUAAAGAGCUGUUGAGAUCAGUUGAUAGCCAUUUCAAGGUUUAGAGAGUAUUGUAUAUCUCCGGCAAAAUAAAGUGAUGUAUAGAAAUAUGAACAUGCAUUGAAGAAAGUAUCUGGUGUGACUAUAUACUGUACACGCUCCUCUUGGUCUUUUGUAAAUAUGUAUUUGUAUCUUGCCAUUAAGAAACUUUUUUUUAACUAGAACAUGUUCAUGCAACAUUGUGAUCUACUGUUAAUGAGAGAGUAUGGCUGUACUUGUUAUGUUUAUAUCAGAAUUACAACCAGAAUAUGUACCAUAUUGUUAUCUACUAUGAAUGAGAGAAUGGCAGUAUCUAGUGUCUUUAUUGGACUUGCCUUUGACAAAACUAGGGGCUGGAUCCCUUGUCAGAGGAAAAAUAUACUUUGCUUGUUUAGAGCUCCCUUGUCAGAGGAAAAAUAUACUUUGCUUGUUUUUGAAUUUGGCCCUGUAUGUAGUUAGAGCUGAAUCAAGCAUUGUUGAUUUAAUAGGGAGUUUGAACAGCUUAACACCUGAAGGGUUCUAGUGCUGUCUUCUGUAAUAAUUUAUUGAUCAAUAAAAUUAUAUUCUUGUAUUA